AUGGCAGCCAAAUAUCUCCUCAUUCCAAUCCCUCCACUGCCAGAAAAACAAGUCGCUGGACGCUAUGAAGAAGAUCUGAUAGAACAUCGAAAAAGUAUUCUCCAGAUAUGGGUGAAUAAAGUUUGUCGACAUCCCGUUCUGAAUAAGUCGGAUGUUUGGAUACAUUUUUUGACGUGUACGGAUGAGAAGUUGUGGAAGAAUGGUAAACGAAAGGCUGAGAAAGACGAAUACAUCGGAGGGAAUUUCCUCAAUUGUGUCACAGUACCUGCACAGCCGUUGGACAGUAAUCAAGUGUGGGUUUUCCGCCAUUUACCUGUGUUGUCGACGUUUCGAAUGGCGGCACGCCCGUUCGCGGAUAUGUUCCUCGUUUGA